GACCAUCAUAGUUUAGCUGGCCGACCGGCUCCCCAGUACAGCCUCCACUUCUGUGCCAUGUGAUCUUCCUCCUCCUACUCCAACUCCUCGGUAUCUCCACUCCAAAGAUCCCCGCCGCCCCUUCUGCCCUGCUCCUGCAGCAGCGGAGUGCGAUCUGAACAAAGGCUGCCAUUCGCGUCUCCUCCUCUGCAGGGUCAAACGACUCUCUCUCUCCUUCCUCUCUGCCGGUUCGCCGUCUUCAGACUUCAGGUCUCGUGAUCUCGUCUUGUCUUGGCUGCACUGCACGGCUGCCUCUGACCUUGCUCGCAUUAAAUGGGGUGUGGUGCGUCAAUCCCCAUCAAAUAUAGUGGGAAGGGGCGGAAGCGCCGGAGCGUCAUACAAGAGGUCGCCGUGUUUGUGCCCACCAUCCGCGUCCCGGAGGAUACCGACAUCGUCAAUCCACUCAGGGGGCUGGUUUCCAAGGAGCUUGUCGAUCGUCUCGCCGCGCUCCGUGCAAACGUCGUGUCACUGUCUGAAGAAAUAUAUCAUGGGGAUACGUCAGCAGUUUCUGAAUUACAACGCGCACUCGAAGAGUACCUGCCAAUUGUUCUUGGUUUAGCAAUCAAAGAGAGCCGUCUAGAAGCAUCAGUGAAAUUUAGUUGGAGGACCUUAGAUGAUGACCAGGAGUGUGUUCUUGCGAGUGCAUGGUAUGAAGUGCUUUCUGUUGUCCACAUGAUGGCCAUGCUCGCAUUGUUUGAGGCAAAUCUUUUACUCAUUCCGAGGAAUGUUCAGGAUGGAAGUGAAAGGAAGGUGUCCGAAGAUGCAAAGAAGGAUGUCGUUGAUUCAUUGCUCAGAGCAUCAGGAUGCUUAGACUACUGUGUGCAUCGCAUACUUGUUCAGAUACCGGCACAAAUCAAGAAGAGCUUUCCUAGUUACUUGCAGGAAGGUAUGCUUGAGGCGAUCUCAAUUCAGGCCUUGGCUCAGUGUGUUCAAAUACAGCUUGGAUUGGCUUCCGAGUGUGAUAAGGCAACAUUAUCGGUAAAGAGAAGGCUAGCUUGUGAGCAAGUCAGCUAUUUUUCGCAGGCUCACUAUUGUCUGUCGGGAUGUGAUACAAGUGACUCAUAUGGAAAGAAGCUUCUGCUGUUCCUUAAGUGGAAAUGCAUGGAUGCUAAGGCAGUAGCAUAUUACUACCAUGCUCUAGUACUUGACAAGGGCAGCGAACCGAGCAACCAUAUAAGUUCAGUCUGCUGCCUGUCUGCAGCUGAUGACCUCCUGGCUGAGAGCAAGAGAGCUUGUCUAAGCUUUUGCUUGGCAAACCCUAUCACAAGGGUACCUCCUCCUUGGGGUAUCAUGAAGAACAUGCACAAGAAAAUUCCAGACGUCGCGUACAAGAAAUUCCAAAUUUAUGGACAUCUUCUUGAACAAAACAAGAAUAGUGCACUUCAAUCCUUGCCUGAUCUACCAGAGUUUCCACUCUCGCUGAGACCUGAAGGGUAUGAAUUUCCAAUCACCGAUUCAAUCUGGGAGAAUGUUGAUUGCCAACCCCAGAUUCAGAGUCUUAAGGAGCAUCUAAAGGAUGAUGAAGAAGUAGCCGAAACAAAAUGAUAGUUCAGGCUUCCGAAUGCUUGUAUUUUAUCUCCAAUAUUAAGAGAAGUAAUACAUCGAAAUACUCAAUUCAAGAGGUUUUUGGUUCAGAAAAAGGAAGAAGCGAAGGAAAUAGAAUAUUUACCUGUGUAAGUGAGAAGUAUUUACAAUCUAAUUGUAAAUCUUGGAUGCUUAGCAGAAGCGCCAAUAGUAGGAAAGAUCAAAGAAGAGUGUUAUGAUCAGAUAGUUUUAAGUGUAAAGCAUCACAAGAAUAGCAUACAAUUCUCUAGAGAAGAUUCAGUGUUCCUCAUCCAAAGUAUGCUCCAUGAUCAUGUGCAUAGAUGUUAUAAAUUUACUCCAGUCUGUCAUGAUGCAGUACAUGGAUAUUUGCAA